UGUCCCGCGCGCACGGCCCAUUUUUUUGUAAAAAUUUUUGAACUUUUUUACUUCUUUUUUUCUCUUCCUUUCUCCCCUGCCCUUUCCAUCUUCUUCCUUGUUCUUUUUUUCUUUUUGUCCCAACCAAGAGAGAGAUUAGAGAGAGGCCAAGAGAAAGAGAGGCCGAGAGAGAUGGAGAGGCCAGACAACGGCGCCUAGGUUGCAGUUAAGGUCCGUGGUCGCUUUGGAAGGGUGAGAUCAAUGCUGGGAUUAAGGAGAGAUCAACGCUGGUGACAGAGUGUGUGAGGAUGAUCUUGAAGAUCAAUGACAUUGUCACUAUGAGGUAGUUCAGUUUGCAAUACGAAGAGCAUUGAAGGAAAACGGUAUUGCCCUUGGAUUUUGGGGGAUGGGGUGACUUUACUCGAGAGUGGCUCUGUUUGGAAGAAACUAGUCCUUGAUGCCAAGGAACGUGGGAGUUUCUAUGAGGCCAAUGGGGACAAGAGCUUGGCUCAAGCAAUUACUGCUGCCUUGGUGGAGCUUGAAGAGCUUGAUAUUUUAUUCAAUAAUGACUCUACUUUACAAAGAGGCUAAAUGGAAGGUUUUCUUCAACAAUGAUUUCCAGAAAUCUAUAGCGAGGACUAGCAAUGUAGAGACUCGUAAGGAAGUGCUUUUUCUUUUGGCAAAGCUUUCAAGUGGUUGGCGUCGGCCCCAUAAGGUUGUCCAUGAUGAUGAUGGGACUAGUUCUCAACUUUUAGAGAUGUACAAGGUCGAUGGGCAGCUGAAUCUGGUUUGGACUGUAGAUAUUCUCAAAGAGGAUUCAUAUCACAUUCAGGGGAACCUGUUCUUAGCUUGAAGACAUCUUUGAUGGCAUCAGCCUCUCAAAUUCUUUUAAGUGUUUCUAUAUAUUUUUGACAAAGAAAUUGAAAUGAUAUAAUGGACAGUGUUGAGCACUUGAGCUCUGAAAAUUGUUAACUAUAUAUUGAAGUUAU